UUGAACCCAAGUCCGAAGACCCCUGCAACCGCCACACAACAAAGUGAGCGAGCGUACGUUACAGAGCACAAACGAUGAUCACCCACGCAAAAAAGGCGCCCUGCUCUGGAAAACGCAGCCACAUCCGUAUCAUCAAACUUGAGCCAAAACCUACUGUUGAUCGCACUCGAGUAACAGGUCUGAAACAACCCAUCUGCUCCCCAUGUGGGAUGUUCAUAUUUAGAAACAACAACACCAAGUGGACUACAAAGUUCGCAAGCCAAGGCACGCAAACGCAGAGCCGCAUUUCAAAGUCGUGA